CGCCCUUCGGCCCCGGAAGCGCCGCGCGGGCCCCGCGCCGCCGCCAUGGGAGUGCCGGCCUUCUUCCGAUGGCUCAGCCGCAAGUACCCGGCCAUCAUCGUCAACUGCCUCGAGGAGAAGGCUAAAGAGUGCAAUGGCGUCAAGGCUCCGAUUGACACCAGCAAACCGAACCCCAACGAGGUGGAGUUUGAUAACCUCUAUUUGGAUAUGAACGGUAUCAUUCACCCUUGUACACACCCAGAAGACAAGCCUGCGCCCAAAAAUGAAGACGAAAUGAUGGUUGCGAUUUUUGAGUACAUUGACAGGAUCUUCAACAUUGUGAGACCAAGGAGACUUCUUUACAUGGCCAUAGAUGGAGUAGCUCCCCGUGCAAAAAUGAAUCAGCAGCGGUCAAGAAGAUUCAGAGCGUCAAAGGAAGGCAUGGAGGCUGCUGAAGAGAAGCAAAAAAUAAGACAAGAAAUUCUGGCAAAAGGUGGCUUUCUUCCUCCAGAAGAGGUGAAAGAGAGAUUUGACAGCAACUGUAUUACCCCGGGGACUGAGUUUAUGGACAAUCUCGCUAAAUGCCUGCGUUAUUACAUUGCUGACCGUUUGAACAGUGACCCGGGGUGGAAGAAUCUGACAGUUAUUUUGUCCGAUGCCAGUGCUCCUGGGGAAGGUGAACAUAAAAUCAUGGAUUACAUCAGAAGACAAAGAGCUCAGCCAAACCAUGACCCAAACACUCAUCAUUGUCUGUGUGGGGCUGAUGCUGAUCUGAUUAUGCUUGGGUUAGCAACACAUGAGCCAAACUUCACUAUAAUCAGAGAAGAGUUUAAGCCAAAUAAACCCAAGCCAUGCUCUCUUUGCAACCAGAUGGGCCACGAGGUGAAGGAUUGCCAAGGUUUACCCAGAGAAAAACAAGGCAAGCACGAUCAGUUUGCAGACACUCUUCCCGUCGCUGAGCAGGAGUUUAUCUUCAUCCGACUCUGCGUCUUGCGAGAGUAUCUGGAAAGAGAGCUCACUAUGGCCAGUUUGCCCUUCACUUUUGAUUUUGAAAGGAGCGUUGAUGACUGGGUCUUCAUGUGCUUCUUUGUGGGCAACGACUUUCUUCCUCAUCUGCCAUCCUUGGAGAUCAGGGAGGGAGCAAUUGAUCGCUUGGUGAACAUCUAUAAGAAUGUGGUGCACAAAACUGGGGGGUACCUCACAGAGAGUGGCUUUGUCAACCUGCAGCGGGUCCAGAUGAUCAUGCUGGCUGUGGGAGAAGUUGAAGACAGUAUUUUCAAAAAGAGAAAAGAUGACGAUGAUAACUUCAAAAGAAGACAGAAAGAAAAAAGAAAGAGGAUGAAGAGGGAUCAGCCUUCUUUUAUUCCCGGUGGACAGUUUUCCCCUCAAGCUCUGGGAAAUCGAUCCAGUCCUCAGGCAAUCAGUAACCCUAGACAAGCUGCCUUUGAGAUGAGAAUGCAUGACAGACAGAAUUCUACAACUUCAUCUCCAAAUACCAGCCUCACUUCUGAUGGCAGCCCAUCCCCGGCAGGAGGAAUUAAGCGAAAAGCUGAAGACAGUGACAGUGAACCUGAGCCAGAGGAUAAUAUCAGGCUGUGGGAAACCGGCUGGAAACAGCGCUACUAUAAGAACAAGUUUGAUGUGGAUGCCUCCGAUGAGAAAUUCCGUCGUAAAGUGGUGCAGUCCUACGUGGAAGGGCUCUGCUGGGUUCUCAGAUACUAUUACCAGGGCUGUGCCUCCUGGAACUGGUAUUACCCUUUCCACUACGCCCCGUUUGCUUCCGACUUCGAGGGUAUUGCAGACAUGCCUUCGGAUUUCGAGAAGGGCUCAAAACCGUUUAAGCCUCUUGAACAGCUUAUGGGAGUAUUUCCAGCCGCCAGUGGAAAUUUUCUGCCACCGACCUGGAGGAAGCUGAUGACAGAUCCGGAAUCAAGCAUAAUUGACUUCUACCCUGAAGAUUUUGCUAUUGAUUUAAAUGGGAAGAAAUACGCCUGGCAAGGUGUUGCGUUGCUGCCCUUCGUCGAUGAGCGACGCCUCAGAGCUGCCCUGGAGGAAGUCUACCCUGACCUCACUCCUGAAGAAAGCAGAAGAAAUAGCCUUGGGGGUGAUGUUCUCUUUGUUGGAAAACACCAUCCACUGUGUGACUUCAUUGUAGAACAGUACAAGACCAAAACCACAGAGCCAGUGGAUAUACCCCCAGAGCUGUGCCACGGCAUCCAGGGGAAGCUGACCCUGAACGACAACGCCGUUCUGCCAGACCAGACAGUGGAGUCUCCUGUUCCAAUGCUGCGUGACCUCACACAAAAUUCCGCAGUCAGCAUCUCCUUCAAAGAUCCACAGUUUGGUGAGGACUUUGUUUUCAAGGCUGUAGUGUUACCUGGUGCAAAGAAACCUGCUCCAGUUCUAAAGCCAGGAGACUGGGAAAAAACCAACAAUGAUGGCAGGCCUUGGAGACCACAGCUUGGUUUUAACCGAGACAGGAAACCAGUCCAUCUGGACCAGUCGGCAUUCAGAACUUUAGGCCACACGAUGCCGAGGGACAGGGGGAUGCCAGCCAUGUAUGCCAACGCAGUACCUCUGGGCACUUACGGCAGCCCGUAUGCCAGGCCGCUUCUGGGUGGCCAGCAGCAGAUUCCCAAGUUGUUGUCAAAUCUGAGACCCCAGGAGUCUUGGCGAGGUCCCACACCCUUGUUCCAACAGGCACCGCAGAGAACCGCCGGGGCCGCCCCUCUGCUUGCCUGGAACCGCAUGCUGCAGUCCCAGAACCAGUACCAGCCCAACCAGUACCAGGGCCUGGGCGGGCCCAUGGGCUACCCACAGAGACCCGAGGAUCGGAUGGACAGGGGCAGACAGGGAAAGCCCUGGCAGGGGAGACCCCCAGCCUUGCACAGCCCCUCCAUCUGCACCCCUGCCCAAAGGCCUGUGCUGUGACUGCAGCCUGAGAAAACACGGUCUGAAGGUAAGUGUUUCAGCCAGCCUCUUCCCCUUCCCUAAGGAAACCUGUCAGCUGCAUGCUUUGGGGAGAGAAGAGUUUCUCCCCAGUAUGUCUUCAACGUAGGUUCUUAGGACUACAUAAACUCUUUCCCUUCAAAUGCUCAUUGGUUUUCUCUGAGCUGAAAAACCUCUUGGAUGCAAACAUUAGAUUCUGACAGCCAGAGAAACAAACAAGUCAGUGAAAGCACAGGUGAAGAUAGCUCCGUGUGGUUAAAGGAAAACCAGUGCAGGUGACAGGAGAACCUCCAAAGCAAUGAUGACUGUGUCACCAGAGUCUGGCAGUGCCACGGAGUGAACACACUGCUCGGCAGCAGCGGGUCACUUUGCUCAUGUGAUUUGUGUGUGUGUGUGUUUGUGUGUAAAAGCACCAUCUGCAUGUGCUGUUGUACUAGAAGCUGGAGUGCUUACAGCACUGUGACACUAGUUUAAAUCCCAGAUAGCUGUAUUAGACUUGAAGCUUGCUGUUUGGGUAAGUCAGAACUGUGACUCAGCUGUGGGAAGGUUACUGACAGGUACCAGGGAAAGAGGAGGAAGGGGGCUCAGCUGCUGGGUAACAGCACUGCCUCCCAGUCCUUCAGCUGGAAAGUCAGGCACAAACUGGGGGAAGUUUGCCUUCUGUUGGAGCCUGGUUCAGCUGCCUUCCAGAAAGGUGUUCAAGACGAGUCACUCUUCAGUGUGUGCUCAUAGUUUUUCUUUUCCUGUCCCCAGCGGGCCCAUCUCCCCAGUACAAACGUUGGUGCAGCACCAUCAGGGUCCAGCGUGGUGGGUGGUUUCUGGGAGUGUUUCUCCCAGCAGCAUAUAGCCCUUACCAGAUGGGUGUCAGUUCUGUGCUGCUGGAUCACAGCCCAGUCUCCUUGGCUUACCCAGCAGGGACUGCAGGUGCCACCCAGUUAAACAGUGUUGUGACACAGCAUAUGUGAAAGUCUCCUUAGAGCAUUUUUGCCACUUAUCCAAGGACACAAAGCUUCAGAGUUCCUGUUCUAGUUGGGAGACUCGGGUUGCACUCACACAACCACUUUUACACCGUGACACAGCGAGGAAGGAGGCUGAGGCAGCUCAUACACUAAAUGUUACUGUCAAACAAAGUUUGCAGGCAAAGAGCCUUUGGCCUUUGCUGGGGAAUGUUUUUGCAGAGCGCUGCCUGCUCCUCUGCCUGGUUUGGCUGCUCAGGACGGAAGCCCAGCAGAAAGAGCCUGUGAGCUGCUGAUGCCGUCCUCAGCAUUGUCUGCAGGAUUACACACUGCUGCUGAAAGGAUCUAUAGCCAGCAAGCAGCCUGCCCCAGCACUCCCAGCUCCUCCACUCGUAUUCCACUGAACCCUCGUUAGCCACGGCCAGAUUCCCUCUUCCUCCCCCCAGCUCCUACCCUGAAGCAUCUUUAGUGCAGAGGAGGCUUUUGAGGCUGGAGUCAGAUUGUCUUCAGCUCUUUCAGUUGUCCUGUUGCUGUUGCAGCGAGAAACAGGCAAAAAGAGAGGCAAGUAUAACACUGUGCACUCUUGCUCUGAGGACACUGGGGAGGCAUUACCAGUACAAACCCUGCCAGCACUGGUUUUGGCUAUAAGCAGAACUGGAAAGCUGGAGUUAGGAUUACAUUAGGCUCAAAGGGGAAGCAGCAGGGCUUGAGCCCUGCCUGUGCUGCCCAGCAAGUGCCCAGUGGGGUCUUUUAAGUACAUUUGAAAUUGGGAUGAGGGCUGGUUUUCAGAAAUCUUUCGUUUUGUGCGACUGGACAGAAGGGGAUCACAGUUGUGCUGAUCCAGAGCAGGGGCUGCUGUGAGGGUGUGGAGAAAUGAGCAGGGAUUUUGAUGCUGGUGGAGCCUGGGUGGUGUUUCGCUGGGGCUGGAGAACAGAGGCUUGGGAACAGUCUUGUCUGCCACACCAGCGCUCUGCCCUGCCCUUUGUGCUGGGUAGUGCAGGUGGAGAUGCUUGCAGAAGGAACUGGUGCUUAAACUAGCUCAGUCCCAGCCUUAAAUCUUCAUCUGUAACAGCCCUGGCUGCAGUCACAAGGGAGACCAGGAGUGGUGGGGCUCAGGGGAGGCAGCCCCUGCCAUUGCCCACCUCUGGGAGGCUGCCCCGUUCCAGGGGGGCUCGGAGCAUGGUGGCAUCUGCAGCCACUUUAUUUGUAUUCACCUGUGUGAUGGUUGUUAAGGACAAAUCUUGCAGCUCAAGUGAAUUUGCUUCCUUAAAAUCCAUCCUUUGCAGUUGUGCUGCUCUCCAGCUGGGGUUUGGCUCCUUAUUUUUUGCUGCCUUUUUUUCCUCCUCUUUUUUUUAUCCCCUGUCAUUUCUAAAGGAACUUUCAGAUGUCAUUAUUUCCUCGGGGCUGGCAGCACUGGAGUAAAAUUAGAAGCUACCUUAAAGGGUUUAGGGUGCAAACCCAAUAAUUGAAUCCAGCAUUGCUUGCCUGUAAAUUUCAAAGCUUUAAAGCCUUGAAAAGGGAUUCAAGUGGAAGUGGUGACACAUAGCAGCAUAAAUAAUUAUCUUUGGUCCCUUUCACCUCUGAAUUCUCUCUUUUUUUGCAGCAGCAGCAGCAUACAGAAGGUGGUCUGGAGAGGUUAAUAAACACGCUGCUACAAAGUGCUCACCAAAUUAAUGCAACUGCCAUGGAUAGGGGCUGCUCUGGGGCAGCGAGUGCUUGGGAGGUGGGGGAAGAGUCUUCCAGCUUCCCAGAAAGCUAAAAGAGAAAACUGCAUGGUGUGGUGCAGGUGUGGGAAGUUUUUAUUUCAGUGUGUGAGACACAGCUGAGCGUGCAGAUAAACGGCUGGUGCGGCUCUGUCAGCCCUCCGAGCAGCCCUUGGGUGCGGGCACGGCUGUGGUUGUGCAACCAGGAGGCAGACAGGCAACUUGCUUCCUUUUAUUUUAAUCAAUUGCACUCAAACCUCAAAGCACACAUAAACCCUCCCUGACGGUGGGAGCGGUGUGUGUCCCGCAGGUCUGUAAGCAGAGGGGUUUCUGUGCCUGUCUGGGUUGCUGAGGAGCCUCCCGGCCAGCCCCGUGAAGGACAGGGGAAAGAUGGGUUUCUCUGGAUUCUAAAGACAUGAAAGGAAACCCCUCUUCCCCUUCCCACCGCAAAACCACUCCAGGAGGAAACAAAGCAGUCGCUCUGGCUGUCCUCAGUGUGUUGCAUUUCAUUAACUUUCUGGUCUCAGCAGCGCACCAGCCUUUGAAACCAUUUGGAAUGUUUCGAGGGGACCCUCGGAGAGCUUCCAGCAGAUUUCUUUUCCAGGGGAUGGUUGAUGUACAGAAUGCUUCACCUAAAUGUAAAUAUUACCUAAAGCAUUGCCUCCUGUGCAGCGAGGCCCGAGGUGAGAGGUUUUUGUAGGCUCUUUGGGAUCUGGUUUGAAAUGAAGGAGAGCUGGAGGCUGCCGCUUCGCCAACAAAUACCAUUUGGUUUUGACUUGCCCCCUGUAAAACACUUACCCUGUAAAAGGCAGCGAGCAGUCUCACAGGCUAAACCAAGCAGCGGGUAGCUGAGGGGAAAGAGCUUUCUCACCCUUAAAAAAGACAAAGAGUGAAGCUGCGAGCGGGGCAUGGCGCCGGCAUCCCCACGCUGCCUGCGGGGUGAGCUCAGCACCGCGGUGGCAGCCCUGCCCUUCAGGUGAGUGUGGGGCUGCAGCCACGGCCCUGCCACGGCUGCUCCCAGCCCCAUGGGGAGCGAGGCCGUGCCACGGCUGCUCCCAGCCCCGUGGGAGCGAGGCCUGCGAGAGGUGCCGGUGCAGGGGGCGCGUUCGGCCGGGCCGCGCUACCUUCCCGUCCCGCAGCAGAGGAGGAGGGAGGCGCAUUGUGUUCCGUGUGGGUCGUGGCGCCUGAAGCUCCCCCCGAGCUUGUUUGCUGUGAUUUGUUAAUCCAAAAAAUAAAUGCUGUGCUUUUGUUUGU